AGCACGAGGAGGCAGCUCCUCAGCGCGGGGUAGCAAUUGGCUGCGCGUGCACUCACUUCGACCCCCCUUCUCUCUCUGUCUAUUCAUUUCCUAUCACGAGUUAUGUAAAAUUGCCUACACACAUACACACACGAUGUGGUUUGAGUGUGUAUGCGUGCACCGGAACCCAAAGUCGCUCGGUGGCGUCAGCAAUCAUUGGCGAUUUUGAAGAUUAACGAGGUUAUCCUACAUUCGACCGUCAGGGAGAGAGCGGACCAGAGAGCACAGACUGCUGCGCCGACCUGCCUGCGUGUCGAGGUGGAUAGGAAGCUUGGCUCUGGCUCGCAGCUUUGUUGGACUGGAUCGAAUUGGACACAGCGAAGAGCAGUGGGACUAUAUAGAGACAGGGGGGGGAAUAUGACCGAUAAACGGAUGUCGCGGUGGUAUUUCGGGGGGCUCGCUUCCUGCGGGGCUGCCUGCUGCACCCAUCCUUUGGACCUCAUCAAGGUCCACCUGCAGACCCAGCAGAAGGGUAAGAUGGGGAUGGUGAGCAUGGCCAUGCAGGUAGUGAAGAACGAUGGAGCUCUGGCUCUGUACAACGGACUCAGCGCAUCACUCUGCAGACAGAUGUCCUAUUCUCUAACUAGGUUUGCUAUCUAUGAGACAGUCAGAGACAUGUUGAGCAGCAGUAACCAGGGCCCCAUGCCUUUCUACCAGAAGGUGCUGCUGGGGGCCUUCGGAGGUUUUACUGGUGGGUUCAUCGGCACUCCUGCAGACAUGGUGAACGUCAGGAUGCAGAAUGAUGUUAAACUACCUCCAGAGCUGAGGAGGAACUACAAACAUGCUGUGGACGGUCUCUUCAGGGUCUUCAGAGAAGAGGGGGUGAGGAAGUUGUUCUCAGGAGCCACCAUGGCCUCCAGCAGAGGAGCUCUGGUCACUGUGGGACAGUUGGCAUGUUAUGACCAGGCUAAACAGCUGGUGCUGUCUUCAGGCUUCAUGGGAGAUAACAUCCUCACACACUUCCUGUCCAGCUUCAUCGCUGGAGGCUGUGCUACGUUCCUGUGUCAGCCUCUAGAUGUGAUGAAGACCAGGUUGAUGAACUCUAAAGGAGAAUACUCAGGUGUGAUACACUGUCUAAGAGUGACUGCUAAAGAGGGACCCAUGGCCUUCUACAAGGGUCUUGUUCCUGCAGGGAUCCGUCUGAUCCCUCACACGGUGCUCACCUUCAUCUUCCUAGAGCAGCUCAAGAACAACUUCGGCAUCAUCGUCAUCUCCUGAGCACGCUCCGUGACCUACGACCUUUACCCUCUAACCCCCCGUCCCCUGCCAAGGUCAACCAAUCCCCUGUCACUGCCAUGGUGCCACACCCCCCAUUGCCCUGCGCUGUCCAAUCACACAGAGAGGUGGAUGUAGUGAUGGACUGUCCACUCUGCUAUCCCACCCGGCCCUCUUUCACGUGCUCUGGAAAUCAACCAAUCACCAGUGGAAAAGACUACGAAGGAACUGCCUACACCUGCACCAUCACCGCCUUGUCCACAGGAAGAGUUGUCAUAGCAACGCCAGUCAAACCCUGCUGUGACAUCAUCUUCAUGCGACUGUCGUCAUCAACAGUGCCAUUCUCAAAUGGGGGGGGGCUGCGCCUCAAAUCGUACACUAUUCCCUAUGUAGUGCCUAUGACUUAUUACCCAUAAUCUGUAGUGCACUUAACAUGUAGCUCUGGUCAGAAGUAAUGUGCUACAUAGGGAAUAUAGUGUCAUCUGAGACCACUCCCUAGACAGUGUUAAUGUGCUUAUACUGAAGCCUUCUACCAUCAUGUAUGUAUGUCUGUAUGUACAGUGUGUAUCACCCAUAUCAGUUCCAUUCCACACCAGUCCCUAUGUAUGACUAGCAGUGUACUAGUUGUAGUAGUAUGGAUUACUAGCAGUGUACUAGUUGUAGUAGUAUGUAUUACUAGCAGUCUACUAGUUGUAGUAGUUUGUAUUACUGGUAUGACUGUAGAUCACUACAACAUUCUAACUGGAACACCUCUACCAACUCCGAUACUGUACAUUGGGGGUGACAGUGACAAAGGGUCCUAUUCCUGUUCAUGACACUGUAACAGCGGCAGGUAGCCUAGCGGUUAAGAGCGUUGGGCCAGUAACCGGAAGGUUGCCCUUUCGAAUCCCUGAGCCGAUUAGGUGAUACAUCUGUUGUUGCGCCCUCGAGCAAGGAAGGCACUUAACCCUCGUUGCUCUGGAUAAGAGCGGCACUAAAUGACUAAAAUGGUAAUGUACUGUAUCAGCUCAGUGCUAUUCCUGUUCAUAAGGGAUGCUUAUAACUGUAACAGGAGAUCAGUGCUAUAACUAUAGAAUCUUAUGAAUCUGACGUCAACAGCUCACAGAGACAUUUGGGAGUAGCAUUGGGUGACAUAGGGUCCUAGUCCUGUCUAUAAGGGAUGCUACAUAACAGGUUAUAACGCCAUAACACCACGGCUAUAAAGACAUCACAUGCUUACAGACAGAGGUACUAAACAGAAGAAGUUGCCCCUAGGCACUGAUUCCGGGUCAGACAUUAGUUGUAUCCCCCUAACAGGUAAAGUUAUUAUUGGGGUUAGGUGAUCUGAUCCUAGAUCUGUGGUUAGGGACAACAGUAGAAAUCCCCCCCAAGGGCAAUGUGACCUCGAAAUAUAACUGGACAGAGAUAAGAGAAAUAUAAUGAAUAGCGUGUGCACUACCUUUGACCAGGAACCAUAGGGUCCUAUAAGAGAUAAUUUAGAGAUACCGUGAGUUAGAGAGAGAUACUGUUUACUGGGACCUGGAUGAAACUGUUGUGUUUUAAGGCACUUUAUUAAACACACACACACACACACACACACACAGGUGCACUCAAACACACACAUAAGCACACUCACCUAAGACCCACACACACACAAACAAACCUACAGGUAACUUUUGGCAGUUAUCUUUAGGUAAUAAGGUAUAUUUUGGCCACAGUGUUCCAGUGAGUCAGGGUGCCUUCUCUUCUGUGGCCUCCAGGGGGCAGCAAGGUACUGUGUGUUUGGGAGACUAGUCAUUGUGAAUGAGUGACUGAUUUAUUAACAGACAAAAAUAAUGUUUCUGUGUGAAUGAGAGAGGAUUCAUUCAUAAAUACUACUGUGAGAUUGUGUGUGAGCGUGUGUUUCAGUUCUUUGUUUGACUAUGUGAUAGGCCAUUAUCAAGAGUGGUAUUGAGAACCACCACUUGUACAAACACACACACACAAUCUCAAGGAAUGGAAGUGAGAUUGUAGAACCCAGCUCUGUGCGGUUGUACAUUUAUUAGUUUGUAUUUUGUAGAUUAUAGCCUAUGAUUUUUGGAAUUAAAGUACUAAUGAAAAAUAA